UUCGGCACCAGAGAGGCGAAAAGAACGGCGAACGACGAGCGAAACAUCGGGAAGAAGAAGGUUGCGAAGGAAUAGGGGGCGGGAGUUAACGAGCGAGCAAGGGCGUGAGGAAGUUGGGUGAUCGGUCGAUGCCCGGUGCCAUGGCGGCUCCGCAUCCCGCAGCCGCAAUGGAGCUCCCGGUGGAGCCGCAGUCGCUCAAGAAGCUUAGUCUCAAGUCCCUCAAGCGCGCCCUCGACCUCUUCUCGCCGAUCCACGGCCAUUGCUCCCCUCCUGAUCCCCAGAGCAAGCGGAUUCGUAUCAGCUACAAGGUGCAAGCUGAAUAUGGUUCAGUAACAAACUUGGCUGGUCAGCAAGCUGGUGAGCAAAACGUUAUUGGUGAGCAGGGAAAAGGAGAUCAAACUUCAACAUCUAUGGCAUUGGCUCUCCCAGGAAGUCAAGAAGCCAAGGCUUCUCAAAAUGAUGGGAACCAAAAUGCAAUUAUUCCUGCACCUACCAUGCUCCCAAAGGGACCUGAGAUUGGUCCUGCAAGCAGAAAUACAGGGGCUGUAGUUUCAGUUACCGACAGAUAUCAGUCUACAUCUGCACUUAUGGAAAGAAUUCCAAGUAGGUGGCCUCGUCCCAUAUGGCAUCCUCCUUGGAGGAAUUAUAGGGUUAUCAGUGGCCACUUGGGAUGGGUUCGAUCCAUUGCAUUUGAUCCAAGCAACACAUGGUUCUGUACUGGUUCAGCAGACAGGACGAUAAAGAUAUGGGAUGUUGCAUCUGGAAGAUUGAAGCUAACACUGACAGGACAUAUUGAACAAAUACGUGGACUUGCCGUCAGUCAAAGACACACUUAUUUGUUCUCUGCUGGUGAUGAUAAACAAGUUAAAUGUUGGGACCUUGAACAAAAUAAGGUUAUUAGGUCUUAUCAUGGACAUUUGAGUGGUGUAUAUUGCUUAUCUCUUCACCCAACCAUUGAUGUUUUACUAACAGGUGGUCGAGAUUCUGUUUGUCGGGUCUGGGACAUUCGUACAAAGGCAAUGGUUAUGGCUCUCUCCGGCCAUGAGAACACUGUUUGUUCAGUUUUUGCUCGACCAACGGAUCCACAAGUGGUAACUGGCUCCCAUGACAGUACUAUUAAGUUUUGGGAUCUUGUAGCUGGAAAGACAAUGGCAACACUUACCCAUCAUAAGAAAUCUGUUCGGGCUAUGGCAUUGCAUCCAAAAGAGAGAGCAUUUGCAUCUGCAUCAGCAGACAAUAUAAAGAAGUUUAACCUUCCAAAAGGAGAAUUUCUUCACAACAUGUUGUUGCAGCAGAAAACAAUAAUAAACUCAAUGGCAGUUAACGAAGAUGGUGUAUUGGCCACUGCUGGUGACAAUGGAAGCCUUUGGUUUUGGGAUUGGAAGAGCGGGUACAACUUCCAGCAAGCCCAGACAAUUGUCCAGCCUGGGUCCCUGGACAGCGAAGCAUGCAUCUAUGCUCUUUCGUAUGAUAUAAGCGGCUCAAGACUUGUUACUUGUGAAGCAGACAAAACUAUCAAGAUGUGGAAAGAAGAUCCAAGUGCGACUCCGGAAACCCAUCCGCUAAACUUCAAGCCACCAAAAGAAUUCCGCAGAUACUAAUUUCGGCUAAGAUGGUUUUCAGAUAUUCUUUAGAAUGUCCUGGCACUUCUGAAUAUGUUUUCAGGGAUUCGGAACAGGCAAAACAAGUUUAAGCGGUUAGACACUGUUCAAGAUCUUUUAUCAGCUAUAUUCGACAUCUUUUUUAUUGUUUUGACAAGUUCCAUGCUGGUAGGAUUCCUGUAUACAUAUAGAUACAGAAGUGAUUCCUGUAUACGUUUAGACAGGGAAGCUAACUAUUAUGCUCA